AUGGUAGCCAAACGUGAGGACCGUCGGGGACCGUGGAGAACUGAAUUUGCGUGGACUUUACAAGAAGCAGCAGGCCAAGGACAUCUGGAGACAGUAAAGUGGCUCUAUGGAUAUGACCCACAGUCUGCACAGGCGUUGGGUGCUGCUGCUGGAAAUAGGCACAUGGAUGUGGUGGAGUGGCUCUGGGACCAAGGCGCUCGCGGUGGUGACUUCGAUCCCAUGGACGCUGCAGCAGCAAACGGGCACUUGGAAGUAGUAAAAUGGCUACAUGAACGCGGAGUUCCCGGAAGUCGUGCCAUGCAGAAUGCCGCAGCAGGAGGACACCUUGAAGUGGUAAAGUGGCUGUACAGCAACGGCGGGGGAUAUAGCGCCGAUGUUAUGGAUGCUGCAGCCGCUAAUGGGCAUCUUGAGGUUGUCCAGUGGCUUCACGCGAAUAUCAACCGGCUAAGGGGUUAUCUUACGGCGAAAACUAUGGAUAUCGCUGCUACCCAUGGCCAUCUAGAAGUAGUGAAAUGGCUACAUGCUCGCAAAAAUGUCUACAAAAAGGGCUGCACCCAGGAAGCCAUGAAUGGCGCUGCGAAGAAUGGCCACCUAGCGGUUGUAGAAUGGCUGCAUGAUAAUCGCACUGAAGGAUGCACCACAGCUGCAAUGGACGGUGCUGCGGUAAAUGGCCACCUCGACGUUGUCUGCUGGCUACAUGACUAUCGCACUCAAGGGUGUACGGGAAAUGCAAUCAAAUGGGCUGCGGGAAAUGGUCACCUACCGGUGGUCGAAUGGCUG